GGUUUUUCUGCGUUGCCAUGGGGUUUUGUCAAACCGAUAGGCUGCCUUCUUUUCUUUCGUCCGUCUUUGUGGAGGAGAAAAAGGAGGAAGAAAGUGCUAUUACUUUUCCCCCUUUACCCUCCUCCUCCUCUCGGAGGCGCGCAAGGAGGAGAGGGUGGGGGGAGGACGUGACUCUGGCAGCAUCCAGAGGAGGAGGGAGGAGGAGCAGAGGUGCUCCAAAUCAGACCAACGGCAAGGCGAGGCGGCGUUCCGCUUACCGACGAGCCUCAGCUGGAACCGCCGUUAACUUUGAGAGCGAGCUGCCGCGAGGAGCAACACACCUGCGCUGCGCGGCGGAGUUUCCGACACUUUCACCUAUUGGUUCUUCAUUCCUCAUCUUCUCAGCGAGAAGCCAUCAUCGUCUACCUCUCAGGUACGGGAUCUGCAGCCCAACAGAGAAAUGAACUGAGGACACGGAGGAAGGCACCUGUUUACUGAGAACGUCCAAAAUCCAUCAUGACACAGCAAAGAGGCUCAGGAUUUGUGGCACUGUUGACUGCUGUCAACUGUUUUUUUGCCUUUCCUUCAGCUGCAGCGAUGGACAUCCCACUGGAAGUUUUAACUCACGCAAACAUCGAGCAGUUGCCCACCAUCACGGCUCAGUCUCCCGGCGCCGUCAUCGCCCUGCCCCCCGAAGAGAGCUUCGCCGUGACGUGUGAAGCUAAAGGGAAUCCCGAGCCAGAGUUCAGGUGGACAAAGAACGGCCAGGAAUUUGACCCCUCCCUGGACCCCCUCCUGAGGAAAGAGGAGAAUUCUGGGACCUUUGUGAUACCCAAUAAUGGAAACCUGACAGAGUACCAGGGAACGUACCGCUGCUUCGCCUUCAACAAGCUGGGGACUGCAGUCUCUCAGGAGAUUGGGUUCAUGGUGCCGAAAAUUCCCAAGUUCCCAAAAGAGGGAUUUGAUCCAUUCAAGGUGGACGAAGGUCAACCGUUUAUCCUUAAGUGUGACCCACCUAAAGGCAUCCCCCCCCUGCAGAUCUACUGGAUGACCAUGUACCUGCAGCACAUCGAGCAGGACGACCGCGUCUCCAUGGGCUUGAACGGCGACCUCUACUUCUCUCACGUCGAGGAGAAGGACAGCAGAAGGGACUACUGCUGCUUCGCCGCCUUCCCCAAGAUCCGCACCAUCGUUCAGAAGAGCGCCAUGUCCGUCGUCGUCAGCCCGAGGAAAAGUGAGAGUCCUGACGGCGCAAACUCCAUCCUGCAGAGGAAACCCUCUCUUCUGACGCCCCCUGGUGUCAGAUCAGAAGCAGUGCUGGUCAAAGGAGAAGACCUGAAGCUGGAGUGCAUUGCAGAAGGAAUUCCAACUCCAAAAGUGGAAUGGGAGAAGAUGGGUCACGGACGUCCUGAAAAAUUUAGACUGGAGAAUCACGGGAAAGUUCUGGUUGUCCCAGGAGACGAGCAGGACGUCGGCGGGAAGUACAUGUGCAAAGCCAAGAACCCGCUGGGAGAAGUGGUCCACUACUUCACCGUUACUGUUGAAGAGCCUCCAGAGUUUCUGGUGGAGCCGCAGAGCCAGCUCAGCAUGAUCGGCGCUGACGUGGUCAUCAAGUGCUCGGUCAGCGGGAGCCCCCAGCCCGUCACAACGUGGAGUGUCAACGGCGUGCCUCUGCAGGAGACCCUGUCAGCCAACAGGAAGAUAUUUGACGACACCAUCAUCAUACAAAACGGCCAACCGUCGGACAGCGCAGUGUAUCAGUGCGAGGCCUCUAACAAGCACGGGAAGAUUUUGACCAACGCAAACAUCAUGAUCAUGAAUCUGUACCCGAUCAUUCUGACCAGCGAUGGACAGGAGUACUCUGCUGUGGAGGAUCAGGGCGUGAUGAUGCACUGCAAAGUCUUCAGCUCUCCCCCUUCCACCAUCUUUUGGAGCAAAGACGACUCUUCUGAGUUGGUUACGGGACCCAGGUUUACGGUUCACGACAACGGGUCACUGGAGAUCCACACCAUCGAGAAAGGCGACACGGGCCAAUAUACGUGUUUGGCCAAAAAUUUAGAGGGAACCUCAGCAAUCGACGCCAUGCUUUAUGUAAAAGAUCCCACCAAAAUAGUGGCGCCUCCUCAGGACCAAUCUAUCUUGAUUGGCACGGAUGCUCAGCUCUCCUGCCUGGUAGAGUUCGAUGAGUCCUUCAGAGGCGACUUUGAGCUCCUUUGGCAAAAAGAUGACGAGGAGAUUUCCCCCAACAACACCGAGCAUUCGAGCAGAUACUUCCUCGAGGAAGGCGUUCUGCACAUCGUCAACGUGAGCCACAGAGACCAGGGCGAGUACAGAUGUGUGGCUAAGACUCCGGUGGACAGUGACGCGGCGUCAGCCCGGCUCAUCGUUUUGGACGUCCCCGAUGCGCCCCAGAGUGUUGUCCUGUCUGAGCGUAAGAACAGAAGUGUGAAGCUGCGGUGGGUCCCGGGAGAAGACCACAACAGCUCCAUCACAGAGUUCGUCAUCGAGUUUGAAGAAAACAAGUGGCAGCCGGGCAGCUGGAGAGAUCUGCAGCGAGUGCCGGGCAACCACAACUCCGCCGUCCUCGACCUCCACGGCCACGUCGGCUACCGCUUCCGCGUCUACGCCGUCAACGCCGUAGGGGCGGGGCCGCCCAGCAAGCCCACGGAGCGAUACCUGACCCCCCCUGCAGCCCCGGACAAGAACCCUGAAAAUAUCAAAAUCGAAGGUCAUUUGCCACAUGAAAUGGAUAUCAACUGGGAGCCUCUGUCGCCCAUCGAGCACAACGGCCCCGGUUUGGAGUACAAGGUGAGCUACAGGCGGCAAGACGUUGAGGACGAGUGGAAGGAGCACACGGUGAAGCGCCACUCGUUCGUGGUCAGGAACACGCCCACGUUUGUGCCGUACGAGAUCAAGAUCCAAGCCAAGAACCACCAGGGCUGGGGCCCUGAGCCCAAGAUGGUGACAGGAUACUCCGGAGAAGACUUUCCCUCAGCUGCGCCCGACGACGUUGCCGUGGAAGUGAUGAACAGCUCAAUGGUCAAUGUUACCUGGAAACAAGUACCCAAGGACAAGCUGCACGGACACCUGGGAGGCUACAGGGUAAACUGGUGGCGUAUGCGCAGCCUGCUGCACUCAAAGCAAAGCCAAGGAGAAAGACACACGGCGGCCUUCCCAGGCAGCCGGAGCCACGGCACAGUGUCGGGCCUGGUGCCCUUCUCCGAGUACAGCCUCAUCGUGAUGUCCUUCAACGGGCGAGGAAACGGUCCGGGCAGCAAAGCCGUCAACUUUAAAACCCUAGAGGGAGUCCCUGAGAAAAUCCCUGUUUUUAGGGUGGCGGAUGUUCAAAAGCGGUCCAUAUCUCUGGCCUGGACCCCUCCCCUGGAGCCAAACGGGAUUCUUACUGGGUACCUCCUGGAGUAUCAGCUCAUCAACGACACAGAGGAGGCGGGGCCUCUCCAGAGGGUGAACAUCAGCAAACCCGACACUACCAGGUGGCACCUGCGGGACCUGGAGCCUUUGAGCAAAUACAGGUUCCAGCUGCGCUCCUGCACCAGCAUGGGCUGCGGAUCCAUCGUCAGCUUGGAGAGCACAACCUUGGAAACAACUUCCGCUUUGGCUUCCACUAUUGGCCUCAGCAUGACAUCUCCCACCUCACCUCCAAGCAGUCCAAAGUCACGAGUGACCAAACCCACUCGAUCCACAAUAGCUCUGCUGAACGUUAGCUCAGCCGCUGCCGACACCUCUGCCAACAUCAGCUGGAUUUUCGGGGGAGAGCACGCUCUCUUUCAUAUCGCGUACGCGAACAAACGUGAGGGUCGCUGGCAGAUAUCAGAGGCUCUGAACACCUCUAAGACCUUCUACAUCAUUGAGGGACUCGAGCCCCACUCUGAGUACUCUGUGCGCUUCAUUCUUUACAGCUGGUUUGAUAACGCGAGUAUAUUUGAGGACGUUUUCAUGACCAAAGGUCUCGCCAGCGUCCACACAGGAAUAUCCAGCCAGGGUUGGUUCAUCGGCCUGAUGAGCGCCAUCGCUCUCCUCACACUCGUCGUCCUGAUCGCCUGCUUCGUCAACAGGAACAAAGGCGGAAAGUAUUCAGUCAAAGAAAAAGAAGACCUCCACCCAGACGUGGAGUCCCAGGGAAUAAAUGACGACACUUUCUGCGAAUACAGUGACAACGAUGAGAAGCCCCUGAAGGGCAGCCAGCAUUCGCUGAGCGGGGGGCUCAAGGCGGAGGACAGUGGGGACAGCCUGGUGGACUACGGUGACGACGACGCACAGUUCAACGAGGACGGCUCCUUCAUUGGCGAGUAUGCGGCGAAGAAGGAGAAAAGGGCAUCGGCGGAAAUCAAAGCGACGGCUCAAACUCCCGCGUGACGAGUUUGUCGUUUCUCCAGACAGAAAAGAAAAAUAGACACUGAACGUAGUGGAUCGUUGCCAACUGCCUCUCAGUUUAUACAGCUCUUUUUGUCAUAUUUCAACACAGUGACCAUUACUAAAUACAGUGUAUAUAUGAUGUAUAUUCUACGUGCUGAGUGUCUUUUUUUAUAUAUAUAUUAUUGUUGCAUUAAAUGUAGAGUUUUCUGUGUUUGUUUCUCCAUUGUUUUAGUUUUUAUUUCUGUGUUUUGGUCGCACACAAGCGGCUUGGAUUUUCCAACUUACAGACCUGUUUUAUCUGACUCUCAUUCUAUGCCGAUGACGGUUUACUUACUAAUCUAUUAUUUUUCCAGUGGAAAAAUAAGAGCCUUCAUAUAUCACUGGGUUUACAGGAAGUGUUGGUUCCUAAUUCUGUGCAUCCAUUGUUUACUCGUGAAAAAAAACGUUGAGAUCUGAUGGAUCAGGGAAAAACUGUUGUCACUGAAACACCACAUGGUGGACUUUAAUAUUCACAUUUAUUGCUGCAACAGUUUAAUUGAAGAUCUUUUUUAGUGUCAGUUCUGAAAUGUAAAGUCUUUGCAGCAACUUAAAAAAAAGUUUUUUAAAAAAUUGUUUCUGAAUUUACUCGGUUUUCUGUAACGCUUCAAUGAGAACAUUUGCAAAAAUGUCUAGAAUUUUGUGAAUAUUUUCAUCUUUGUUAUAAUGUACGUUUUUUCAAAUUAAAUCAUUGAAAAUGGCAGAAAAGUCAUGAUUGGCACAUAUCGCAAGAAUUUAGAAUGGCAAAAGUGUAUAUUUCAUACAGUAAUUUUCUUUUAAAUUGUUUUAAAAACAAAACAGAGCUAGUUUUGCUGUCAAAAAAAAAAAAAAACACUUGGCACACUGCCUCCAUCUAGUGUCAAGACUAAGAAUUGCAUCAAAAUCAGUUGUCUUGCAUCCCUGAUAAAAAAAUAAAUAAAUAAAAGACCUGGGUUAAAUAACACUUUGCUUUUGUUCCUUUGGUCCUAAUUUGAAAAUCCCUGUUUAGAUAAUCCUAAAAAAAUGUUUUUUCCUUUUCAAAACUUUUACAUUUUAAUAUUAAAAAAAGAGCAAAGAUGGGUUGUCAGAUCAUUUGUAUGAGAAUAGGAGCGUGGGAUACCCUUUGGAUGAAUUUUGAAGCAUGAAAGGAUGAAAAAAAAAGUAGCGAGACGCCGUCAGACUAAACUAAUCUUUGCACUUUCUUGGAGAAGCCAUGCUGUAUUUAAAAUGGAAAGUGUUCUCUUUUUGUACCUUUGUUUAUGAGACUUUCAAGGUCUUGGUUAGUUAGAUGAUGGUUAGCGUUUUCAGAACGCGACAUAUUCUCAAAUUCUUACAUUUACUUGUAUGGCAGCGUAAGACCUUGAAGUUCUUCAGAACAUCCGACCGGACGAUUUUUCCUUUGAAUGUACCGACACAGAAAUCCAGGUCAUUUUUUUUCUAUGUAAUGACUGACAUGGCUGUGGCCGUUUGUGUUUGGUUAGAUUUUCUGCAAUCUACUGGAGUUGGCUAAUUUUAAAGGUCAAAAGUACACAAUGAAUGAAAAAGUUUUGUAAUCAGUGUGGGUUGAACUCUGACAUCCUCUCUAAACGCUUUGAUGUCAGCUGACAAAGCCGCUCUUCCUUUCGUCUAACAGCAUCAAUAAAAAAAAAGGAUUUGUUAAGAUUAGGUCUCUGCAUGUUGCAAAUGUUACCUUGUGUUUUAUUUUAUUUUUUAAAUGUCAUUAAAUUGUUUUACUUUCUUAUAUUCUG